GCAAGUUGGCAAGCGACAGGUUAGGAAGGUACGCAAACCAAACAGCCCUAUUUCUGAUUAUCUUACUUAUUCACGUAUUUAAUCACCGACAACAGGUGAUUUCUGCUUGAAGUUAUGAGCAUGAACAAAUGUAUGGUGCAUCUUCCUGUGCCGUAUCCCACCAGAGGGCUGAUCCAGUGACAUAUGGCUGGCUUUUAGGUUAGGUCCGUCUUGUCCGGGAAUCUUAUUGACCAACUUUGAGUUUGCAAGUGACUAGUUACAAGCGGACACAAUUUUAAGAGCCAAAGAUGGUGUCACAAAAGUUCAUGGAUAUUUUAUACCAGCAGCCAGACUACACAAACCCCAGUACCAGCAGUAGUUCCUCCAAUGCAGACAGUAAUGAGCAUGCCAUGUUCCAAAUGAAAAGGAAAGAUGAUAAUCACAUGGUAAUGCCCAGCACCAGUGAUAAUUUCAUUAUAGACAAUACUAUUCUGGAACCACUAACAAUUAUAAAGGAAGAUAUUGAAGAUAUGAAUAAGGAAGAUGAAGAUAAGAAGGAAGAAGAAAAUAAAGAUAUGAAAAAGGAAGAAAAUAUAAAAAUAAAGGAAGAGAAGGAAGAUAAUUAUGAUGGUUUGCAUAUAUUUAACAGAGAAAUAAAGAAAAAUGACUCAAACAAGCAGAUGUUAACAUCAAAUAAACCUACAAAUGAUGAUAAUAAAAAUUUACUCAACCCUUGCAUGUCUCCCACAUCCCACAUAAAAGAUAAGGAAAGUCUCAGACCUCCUAGCAAGCGAAUUAGAAGAGAAAAAAUUAUAUUUGAUCCUUCAGACACCUCCAACCCCAUGCAAAAAAAUCACAAGAGGAAAAUACCAUCAGAAAUAAAAGAUUUGCCCUGCAUUUCAGAUAAAAGCAAACAGUGCACUGAGAUUCCAAUAGAUGUAUUGAAUAAAUACAAAGAGCAAGGGGAUCGAGACCUUCACUGUGAAUAUUGUGGGAAAUACAUGCAAAGAUUAGAUUACUUACGGUUACAUCUCAUGAAACACACGGGUGAGACUCCAUACAAGUGCCCACACUGUAAGAAUGCAUAUCGUGCACGUUGGCGUCUUAACCAGCAUCUCCGCACUCACACCAGAAAUCUGCCCUAUCACUGCCCCUACUGCUGCUAUCGAGGGAACAGAUCUGACUACCUAUCUUCACACAUAAAUAGAAUACACAAGAACCUACGGAAAGAGGGCAGUAAGAAGCCAAAGAAAGACAAUAUUGCUAAUGAUAACAAAGAAAGCAAAGUUGACGCAAUUAAAGAAGAAAAUUUUUCGGAAAGUGAACUUGACACAAUAAUUAAAAAGGAAGAGGAAUUCCCAUUAUCUUGUCUCACAAAUGAAGAAUACACAAGCAACAGUUGAUGAACAACUAAAGGGAGAAAAAAAUGCUAAUAAUGUCUAUAAAGAAAAAAAGUCAUUUUGAUCCAGUGAUAGAACCAAGAAGAUAUAACAUUGAGCAGCAGUCGUUUUCACAUGUCAUACUGAAAACUGACAUGAAUAAGAAAAUGUCAUGAGGCGAGGCUUCUGCAGAGAAAAACUUUCGGUCAUUAAUUUACAAGCAAAAAAUACUGAGAUCCCAUAAGAUAUUACAAAAAUCUACAGGCCUCAGCAUACAAGAAUUGACUCCUAAAUGUCAAGCAGCACAAUAGUGCACAUAUUGGUGGACCAAUGAACAAUACAUAUAUCUGUAAAAAGGAUCCCUGCCUUGAAUGAAACAAAAGUGUAUGGGAACCAUUUGGAGCAUGAUUUGACAACUCCAACAAAACUGCUCUAUGGCAGUAUUCCUUUACCAGUACACAUGCUGCAGGUAUGGUAAAUAUGGUAAAGAAAAGCCAACUGAAGAGGCUUAGAAAAGAGGUAGAUAUUGAAGUUUAUUUUGAUAUGUGUCCAUCAUGGAGUGCUGGUUAAAAUGAUACUAAAGAGUUGAACACCUUUUAUGUACAACAAUAGCCAUAACCAAAUGCAGUGACCAAGUGGUUGAAGAAUGCCCACACAGUUCCUAUCAGCCUUAUCUCUUAUCAUGAUACAUCAAGGAGUGGCUUGCAGUUGUGCAAAGCCAUCACUCAAAACUUCUUCAUGCAACACCACAGGAAGGAGCCAACCAUCUAAGUGUGCAAAAUAGAAGAGGAGAAUCAUAGGCUCCAAAAAAGAAGAAUUACAGUGUAAAUAUCUGUUCAUGCUAUAUGUCAUAAACAUGGAAGAAAAAAAAAAACUUGGGUAAGCAGUUAAGUGGAUAUAUUAUUUUUCCUUCUUUAGUAAUGUACAAUUCAAGAAAUAUAUUUACAAUUCUGCCAGUAAUACUUGUAAAGCAUAAGAAUGAGUGAAUGAUUUUUUUUUUCUUAUUUUUUGUUUAAUAAUUAAGAGAAAUAUGACUGAAAAAAAGGAGUCAUUUUCUUUAAAUCCUUGUCUGACAUAAUUCAUUAUCAACAUCACCAUCACUUAAUGGAUUAGAGUUCUCUUUGUUCACAGAAUCCAAAAAUUAUAUGAAUAUCAUUAAACUUAAAUCAUUAUGUAGUAAAUAAAUUGUGCCUACACAAGACAUCACAUGUAAGGCUGUAAUGACAGAUAAUGAAAUGCUGAGUUUACCAGGAAAAAAAUAUAUAUAUAUAUAUAUAUAUAUAUAUAUAUAUAUAUAUAUAUAUAUAUAUAUAUAUAUAUAUAUAUAUAUAUAUAUGUGUGUGUGUGUGUGUGUGUGUGUGUGUGUGUGUUUGUAUGUAGGUGUAUAUAUAUUAAUAGCCUAAUGAAUGUUGUUAUUUCCACUAUAUCCACAUAAACCUAUUUUGCAUGAAGCUACUUGCUUCAAGCUAUGUCAUGUAUUGUUAUGGUGACACCAUUAUUUUGGGAUAAAUGUAUAUUAAUAUCAUGAAGAAUAAACUAAUGAAUGAAGUCA